AUGGUACAAAAAUUAAACAAAGAACAAGAAGAAUUUUUCUAUCAUGCUUUACAUCUUAUCAAAAUUUCUGAUAAUCCAUUCUACUGUUUUCUUAGUGGAGGUGCUGGAGUUGGCAAGUCACAUCUGACUAAGUGUCUUUAUCAAGCAGCAUUAAAGUAUUACAAUACCAGAGAAGGCGAUGACUUUCAUCAAGUGAAAAUAUUAAUGCUUGCACCAACUGGUAAAGCUGCUUUCAAUAUUAAAGGUAACACAAUACAUAGUGCACUUGCAAUACCUGCAUGUCAAAGUUUAAAGAAUUACAAACAUCUUGAUUCAAGCAGGUUGAACACUUUACGGUGUCAACUUGGUGGUUUAAAACUAAUAUUUUUAGAUGAGAUCUCAAUGGUUGGUAGUGCAAUGUUUAAUGUUCAAAUAAAUAAUAGAUUGAAAGAUAUUAAAGGAAGUAACGAAGAUUUUGGUGGUGUUAGCAUGGUUGUUAUUGGUGAUUUAUUUCAACUAGAACCUGUAAUGGACAGGUAUAUAUUUAAGAAUAUAGAUGAUUCACAAUAUGCUGUUCUUGCUCCUAAUAAAUGGCAAGAUCACUUCAAUAUGUUUGAAUUGCAAGAAAUAAUGAGACAAAGGGAUAGCAAAAUGUUUGCUGAGAUAUUAAACAGACUUAGGGAAGGAAAACAGACUGAGAAUGACAUCUUGAAACUAAAAGAAAGACUAAUAAGAGAAAAUAGCAUCCAAGAUCCCAUGGAUAUUCCUCACUUGUUCAUACAAAAUAAAAAGGUGAACAAAUUCAAUGAAAGAGUGCAUAAUGCAGCGACUGUUGAAAAGUUUUCAAUCAAAGCAAUAGAUAGUGUUAUAGGGGCUAACUCUGCUCAACUUCGAGAUAAAAUUUUGAGUCAAAUACCAGAUGAUCCUAGGAAAACUAAGCAAAUUGCUUCUAAUCUUCAAUCGUCAGUUGGAGAAAGAACUGAAAUAGCAUUAAAUAUACGCACUGAUGAUGGAAUGACUAACGGUGCUGGCAAUGUUGUUAAAAAGAUACAGUUGAAUGAAAAAGAUAAACCUUCCGGUAUAAUAUGGGUCCAAUUUUGA